AUGGUGAACAAGUCGCUCUUAGAAGCGUGCCGCACGGCCCUACAGCGCCACCCACCACUACUAACCGAGGGAGGGACGCUACGAAUACAGACGCUAUUUAGUCGUCCACGUCUGCUCCGAAGUCUCUUUCCUCUAGCGCACAUCCAUGCUAGUGACCCGAGCCUCUCGCCAGAAGCUUCUGUACCUGUCUGGCAAGAACAUGUGGUUGUUACAGCUGCCUGGACUGCGAAGGAUACGGAAGAAAAGUUGAUCUAUGCAAUGGAACUUUAUGUGUAUACAUUGCCUCAGCAAGAGGCCGCACUUGUAUAUGUGUCAAAACUCGACACGACAGGCUAUGGUCCUCGACCCUUGCCUUCGACAGUGCGCGAACAUUUGCCUGACGAACAACGGCAUAUACCCACAUUGACUACCAUACUCACAUCGACAUGUAUUGAUCAUUUUGCUUCACGCGCUCACUGGGAUGCAUCGACACCUGUCUCACACGUGUCUGUACAUGUUCUUGCGCGUGCACAAGGCGCCUACUUAUUCCCAUCCUCGCCAAACUGUGCACAGAAGCGUGUGUUAUCGGACAGUGCGCUUAUUCGCUGGUGGAGAGCAUGUCUUAGUGAUGUGGUCCUUCGUCGUCGUAAUGCGCGCGAUACUCGCGUAGAUGCUCACUACCUUAUUCCCGGCUACCAACGUCUUGAUUCUCAUGCCAUUGUGCCUCUGACUUCAUCCGCCACACACCCGGAAGUGGCAAAGGCCCAGUGGAAGUAUGGUCACCCGUACAGCGAACGCGGUGCUAGUGUAUCGUCCAAGGACGAGCUGCCACCGUUACCGCUUCAUGCUCAAAAAUGGGAAACUCGAUUUGAGAACAUGCCUCAUACCGAUGCAUUGGACCAGCGUGUUAUUCCCACACUACUUCCUGUUUUCCCAGACGAUCCUAAAGGUCGGUUUUUCAACGAAUUAUGCGGUACAGCUUAUGAGCCAGGCAGUUUAUUCACUGUAACUUCCACGACCGUGAAACCGUCGCUCGCUCAUCGCGGCGCUAUGGCUGAACGGCAUGCUUUAGAAAAGCUGAGCAUCGAUGGAUUCUGGGAGCGAAUGGGGUUUCGACAGGAAUGUUGCUCUGGCAACGCAGUAGGAGUGUUUGUUGUUGGUUGCACUGCUACAUCUUCCUCUGCUUCUACGUCUUCACCCUCUAAUAAUGCUCCCACGGCACAAACAUAUGCACUUCCACACCCCAUUUUGGAAGAGACUGUGCUGAAAUAUAUGCUGCAGGAUGCAUGUGUCUGGUCCGACGACACAGAGGCCAUCAAACUCACUCGGCAAUGGAAUCAAGCCAUCGAGAAAGUUCUCCAGCGCAAAGGUGGCGCUAAGCCUGAGUCACAGUCCCUUGUUGGUCAAGAUGUAGUGUGGACGACCAUCUCGCUCGAACGUGUACCGAGCGAUGUAGUUGAUGCGGCUAGCGUGCGUGCCCAACAGGCUGUUCCUGCAGCACGUGGUGAGGAGGCACCGGCCGUGCGCGUUUUGGCCGUGAAGCGUAGGAAACGUUCAUAA